AUGGGGGAAUGGAGGUCGGGGGAGCAGACCGAGCCCACUCCCACCCCCGAGCUCCCCACGGACACACGAUGCCCCAGCUGUCCGUGGGCCUCGUCAAAUCCUCCCCUCUCUGGGGAAAUCCCAGUCUGUGCCCCAACUCCCAGGCACGCCUGCACUGGCGUGACCGCAGCAGGACGCCUUAAAGGGGAGGGACGCCUGCACCUCGCCUUUAAGGAGCUGGCGGGGAGCCAGCGAGGGGGAGGCUUUGCUGAGGGGAAGUUCCAGCGAGCGAGGUUUGAUGUGAGGUCGGACGGCUGUCAGCCGAAUGCAGAGAGCCCCGUCUCCCCGGCACGGUGGUUCCCGGCAUCGGAGCGCCGGCGCCCGGCCAUGGAUCGGGCUGCAGGCGGCGGCGGCGGCACGGAGGCCGGCGGGCCGGGCCUAACCAAGCCCCGGGCCUGGGAGCUGGGCCCCGCCGGCGGCAGCACCGGCGAGGAGCGCUGCGAGUCGGCCUUCGACUCGGCCUACGGCUCCGGCCUGCUGGACAGCUUCAGCUCCCGCUGCUCCGUGGCCGAGGGCUGCGGCAGGGUGGUGGAGGAGGAGGAGGAGGAGGAGGAGGUGGUGGUGGUCGAGGAGGUUUUUGACCCCUGGAGCUACUUGAGCGAGGAGGGAGACACGUUCCUUCACCUCUGCAUCAUACACGAGGCAGAGAGCCUAGCCCUUGCUUUCAUCAGCCAAUCCAAGGCAGAGUACCUGAACUGGCAGAACGACCUCUUCCAGACUCCAUUGCAUCUGGCCAUGUACACUCGGCAGGCGAACGUAGUGCGUCAGCUGGUGCUGAAGGGAGCGGACGUGGGGCUGCAGGACCGCAACGGCAACACUGCGCUCCACCUGGCCUGCCAGUACGGCUUGGAGGAGUGCAUGCAGGCCCUGACGAAGCCCGCCUCAGCCAAGGAGCUGGCCCUGUUCGGGCGCAACACCACCAACGUGCUGGCACCUCAGAACCUGGAACGGCAUAACUGGCAAGGCUUGACCUGUCUGCACGUGGCGGUUCUGUGCCGGAGAGAGGCAAUAGUGCAACAACUGCUGGAGUCCGGAGCCAAGAUCAAUACACAGGAGGCCACGAGUGGCCGGACGGCCCUGCACCUGGCAGUGGAGCUGGGCGAGGCGGGCCUGGUGCUGGGCCUGCUGCAGGCCGGGGGCGACGUGGACGCGCCGAUGUACAACGGCUGCACCCCGCUGCACCUGGCGGUGGGCCGGCUGGACGCGGCCGUGGCCGCUGCCCUCUGCCAGGCUGGGGCUGACCCGCUGCGACCCAACCUGGAGGAGGAGACACCGCUGGACCUGGCCAACAGUAACUCCGAUGUCCUGGAGCUGUGCCCUUUCGAUGACGUGAGGUUACGGGGUCAGCCGGUCAUGUGACAGGUCAACGGAUGGCGGACUGUACAUAAUGCAGCCAAGGGGUGUGGGGGGAGGGGGGCAUGAGAACAGCCCCCUCAACCACCCCCCCCCCCCCACCACUCCCCCCCAACCAGUGGCAGGACCACUUGGUAUCCUACACCCCGAUGAGAUACCCCACCCAUUGCCUCCACUACCUCUGCUCCCCCUCAGACUGAGUGAUUGGAUGGUUGCCACUCACAAGGAUGUCGCUAUGGAUGCAAGACUUGGUUGCAUCUUGCUGGGACGGAUGUGGUUAGAUCCCACAGUGGGGGUGGGAGGGGGAGACCCCCGUGCCAAGAAAAAGGGAAUAAACUCAACCUGUGCUUAUUGUCGCCAUUCGCUCCUCCUUUGCUGCUCCUGCCUCCCCGCCCCAGUGUUGCAAUCACUCACAGUUGGUCGCUCUCUCCCGCGCGCGCGCGCCCUCUCUCGCUCUCCCUCGUGCACUCUCUCCCACCUUGUGGUUAAUUGGUUUAUGUACCAAGUCACAUGUACCAAGAUCCAGUGAAAAGCUUUGUUUCCCAUGCCAUCCACACAGAUAAUUUCAAACAUCAUACAUUGAGGUAGUACAAGGGAAAAGCAAUAACAGAAUGCAGAAUCUAUUGUUCCAGUUACAGAGAAAGUGCAGUGCAGGCAGACAAUAAGGUGCAAGGGCCAUGACAAGGUGGGUUGGGAGAUCACCCUUAUCAUACAAGAGAUCUGUUCAAUAGUCUGAUAACAGCGGGAUAGAAGCUGUCCUUGAGCCUGGUGGUACGUGUUCUCAGGCUUUUGUAUCUGCCCGAUGGGAGGGGGGAGUCCUUGAUUAUGUCGGCUGCUUUCCCGAGGCAGCGGGAUGUGGAGGGGAGGCUGGUUUGCCUGACGGACUGGGCUGCGUCCCCAACUCUCUGCCAUCUCUCUUGGUCUUGUGCCAUACUGUUCUUGGACACCUCCAGUAGCCCCUGCCCUGCCCCCGCUGUACCUUGCCGCCCCCUCGGAAGUCGACCGCCCACGUCAGGCUCCGCGGACGUGAGACCGGAGCCCGGCUUGCUGAUUCAGCGCCUGCGGCGAGGUGGAGCUGCGCUGUCGGGUGCCGUCUCACCAACCGGACAUUGGACCGAAUCCCUCGCCAGUGGACGUGUCGAGAUCUUGAUCCACCGCUGGAAGAACGGAGGCGCACCCCUGCUGAUGGCUACUCGAUGUUACAAAGCACACAUUAUAAUAUUGCUGUUUGUGGGAUCUUGCUUUGUACAAAGCGGACACUGUUCCCUGCAACAGUAACUACACUUCUAAGGUACUAUUGAUUGUAAGGUGCCUACGUUCAUCCUUGUUUUCUCCUGCCUCUUCUUUUUCCUCCCCAGAAUCCCACGCAUUUUUUUGUACUUUUCUGACAUUAAAAGGCACUGAUUAAAUCUGGGACA